AGUAGAAGAAGAAGAAGAAAACCUGUCUUUUUAUUAUUAUGUUAAACAAAAUAUGAUGUUGCAAUUGAGAUAACUGUUGAGAAGACGGUGGAAAUUAAAUGAGCUAUGCAAAGUGUGAAUAAUUAACAUCCGUGCUAUGUCAGUUUGGAGACUUUCUUCAUCGGUUCACCAUGGACCGAGAGUUGUAUCCCUUUGCUGAGGACAGUUUUAGCCGCUUCCCAUCGCAAAGCAAUAUUUACGGACUUUGUCAAGCAGGAGAGCAUGAGCUGCUAGCGGCUACACUUAAAGGGAAGGUGGUCAGCUUCACAUACCAGGAACUACAGCAGAAAAUAAGACCAGUAGCAAAAGAAGUUCAGUUCACCUACAUACCAGUUGAUGCAGAGAUUGUCUCAAUUGAUGCAUUCAAUAAGUCUUCACCCAAAAGUGGCCUUGUUGUCGGCAUCACAUUUAUCAAGGACUCAGGUGACAAAGCCACCCCUUUCCUGAACAUCUACUGUGACUAUGAGCCUGGCUCAGAGUUCAACCUAGAAUCUAUUGCGCAAAGUUGUCUCAAUCUGGAAUUGCAGUUCACACCCUUCCAGCUAUACCACACGGAAGUGCAAAGGGAUGACAGCGUCAGAGAAACUGUGUUUCUUCUCAGUGGUCACGACCAGAGAGUCCACCUGUACAAGGAGAAUGCAUCACUGCACCAGUUUGAAGAGCAGCCGGUGGAGAGACUCUUUCCAGAGCUACAGCAAUUGCCCAGCAAUGUGUUAUGGAUGGACAUGUUGUGCAUACCUGGAGGCCAACGACUGUCGGCAUUUGGCUGUCAAAAUGGCUGUGUUGGACUAGCUGUGGUCAAACAGUAUCCACCAGAAGUUUUGCAGAGCUGGCGUGUUCAGUUCGACAGUCCCAUCUCCAUUGUGCUGCUAUUUCCUCUCAUCGGCCAAACAGAGCUGCCGAGUGGAGAAAAAGGUUUUGGUAAUGAAGGCUACAAUCUACUGGUGACCAGUACAAUAGAAAUGGCAGUUGUCUACAGAAAUGUCCAGGAGAAAGGCCUGUCCCAAUCGCUAUUCCUCGCUGAGAGUGACCAGUGGGAUGCAGUGCUUUGUGCUUUGGUUAUUGAUCUGGAUUUUGAUGGGCAGAAAGAGGUGCUGCUAGGAACAUAUGGGCAGGAGCUUCUCUGUUACAAAUUCCAACACGCAGCAGCAGGAGAGGAGGGACAUUUUCAGUUGUUGUGGCGACGGAGUUUCAAGAGUCCUUUGCUGUCAAUCAUCUACUUAGACCUGACAGGGGAUGGUUUGAGAGAGCUGGCUAUCCUCACGCUGAAGGGACUGCAUAUCUUACAGCAUAGUCUUACCAGCACUGCUGAUCUGGUGCUGAAACGUCUUGCCAGGAGGGUGGAAGCUCUGACCGUUAACUCCAAGCCUGAGCCGACUGAAGAUCGACAAACGCCAGGGAUAAUCUAAAAGACGUAAUUGUGGCAGGAUCAAGGAAGAUGAAAGAAACAACUGUUGGGGCAAAAAUGAAGACCAACACUGCAUUGAAAGAUGUAGAGUUCAGAAAAUGUUUGUUCUUUUUAGGAGAAUGAGUCAUAUUUGUGGAGAAGAGACAGUAACAUGGGCUAUACAGUAUCUACAAAUGAGACUACAAGCUAAUUUCACCAUAAAAAGGAGAUGGACCAAAAAUGAAAAAAAUCUGCCUAAUGAAGUAUAUCGGUUCUUUUUCUGUUGUAUUGUUGAACGGAAUGGAACUGGUUAAGUUAUAAUUAAAAACUUUAUAUCAGGUCACUACCUGUUAAUUUUUGAGCUAUCCUGGGUCACUUCUUUUUUAUUUUGAAAGAAUUUCUGUAAAUUUCAGUUGGCUAGUCGAUUUUAAGUCACUUCCUGUUGGUUUUGGGGGCAUUCUGUGUCACAUACUCUUAAUUUCGGAUCACUUUGAUUUUUGGGGCAAAUUUGGGUCAGUUCCUGUUGAUCACAGCAUUUACAGGCAUGUGAAAAAAUUAGGACACCCUAUGGAAGCUUGUGUGCUUUCUUACAUAUUUGGUCAUAUGGAUAUUUAAUAUCAAUUUUAACAAUCUUGAGAGAUUCAAGUCAUAGAACUAAACAAAACUGAAAACAAGAUUUUUUCCAACUUUAUGUAAAAUGUAAUUUUAAAUAAAUGCAAUUUCUGUUGAGGAAUAAAUUAGGACACCCCACAUUCAAUCCUGCUUAAAAUGGCUAAAAUUACACACAGGCACAUCACAUCAGGAGCACAUGAUUAGAACAUCAUUACCCAGUGUUUUGAGGGAGGUGUGCCUUUAAACCAUAUUUAGUUUGAUGUGCCCCUGACUGUUGAAGUAAGUGAAAACACCAUGGUGAGAUCAAAGGAGCUGUCUGAGGCCUUCAGAAAGAAGAUUGUAGACACUUGUUAUGAGUCUGGUAAGGGAUUUAAAAAGAAUAUAAAAUCACCUUUUCCACUGUCUGGAAAAUAGUCUACAAGUGGAGGACAUUCAAAAUAACUGCCAACAUGCCCACGUCUGGCUGUCCAAGCAAGUUCACCCCGAAAGCAGACAGCGAGACGUUUAAAGAAGUCUCCAAAAACCUUAAAAUGUCUUGCUACUGUUGAUGUGAAAGUGCAUGCCUCUACAAUCAGAAAAAGACCUCACAAGUUUAACCUUAAUGGGAGGUGUGCAAGGAAGAAAGUUUGCCAGAGUGAAUGUAGACAAAGACCAAUGACUUUUGGAAUAAUCUUCUCUGGACAGAUGAAUCUAAAAUUGAAUUAUUUGGACACCAAAACAGAGGACAUUUUUGGCAUAAACCCAAUACAGCAAUCCAGGAAAGAACCUCAUACCAACUGUGAAGCAUGGAGGUGGAAGUGUCAUGGUCUGGGGAUGCUUUGCUAAAGAAGGACCUGGCCAGCUCAACAUCAUAGAUUCCACCAUGAAUUCUAUCGUGUAUCAGAGGAUGCUUGAGGAACAUGUGAGAUCGUCUGUGAAAUUUUUUUAAACUGAAGCAAAACUGGACCCUGCAACAUGACAAUGACCCAAAACAUACCAAUAAAUCCACCAAAGACUGGCUGAAGAGGAAGAAAGGAAGAAAUUGGGAGUCCUGGAAUGGCAAAACCCAGAUCUUAAUCCAAUUGAGAUGCUGUGGGGUGACUUGAAACGGGCUUUACAUGCAAGAAAUCCCUCAGAAAUCUCACAGCUGAAAGUAUUCUGCAUUGAGGAGUGGUAAAAACGUUCAUUAGACUGAUGUCAAAGAUGGCUGCAAAAAGCAUCUCGUUAUUUCAGCCAAAGGGGGAUAACACUAGCUAUUAGGUGGUAGGGUGUCCUAACUUUUUCCUCAGAAUAUGUAUUUUUGUAGAUAUAUUUUGUUUAAUGAGUAAAACAAUGUUAAUUUUUGUUGUUUACCUGCCAUUAAAUCACUUUCUUUUCAGAUUAAUGAAAACAAGAUCAGAUAUUUUUUUCCACAUGACUGUAGAUGAGAACAUAUGUGUGCGAGUAUGGCGGAAAACACAGACAAGACUGAAAAAACAGUUUCUGCUCUUGCACCCCUCAUUAAAAUAAACUGCUGUAUU